GGAAAAUAGACAAAUAUGCACGGAGAGAAGUGGUUAUCUCAGAGAUGACAAUAAUAACAUAUUCAGUAUAAUUUUAUUAGUAGGAUUUGUAGACGCGAUGUAACAAACCUUACCCCUAUUUUUCUCUGCAAGAGUGUAGAAAGUCCGAUGUAAAGUUUGAAGAUGACAUGACCAAAAAUAUCCUUUGAUGAUUGACUUCUUCCUUCCAUAUUCCCAUCUGUCUUUGGUUGAAAUUUGAAAAUAUUCAAAGAAUCCCCAUAAUGCAAGAGAGUGGCACUAUUUUAUAGAAAGAAAAUAUCCUUUUUUUUCCCUUCCAAACCCUAUAAAAAGCAAUCGCUUUUAAUCUCCACCAUAACCCCAAAUCCCAAUAUUCUAUCAAAAAUGACCAUCAAUCUCCUCCUUUCCUCUGUUUUAUUCUUAGCCAUCGUGCACAACUCAAUUGCUAGUGGCAUAGCCAUUUACUGGGGCCAAAACGGCAACGAAGCAACUUUAAACGACACUUGUAAUUCGGGAAGAUAUGCCUAUGUCAACUUAGCCUUUCUUAACAAAUUCGGUAACGGCCAAACCCCAGAAAUCAAUCUCGCCGGUCACUGCAACCCCGCCGUCAAAGGCUGCACAAUCGUCGGCCCAGAAAUCAAACACUGCCAAAAAUUAGGCGUCAAAGUAAUGUUGUCCAUUGGCGGUGGCAUUGGAAAUUACUCAUUAGCUUCAAAAAAAGACGCCAAGGACGUUGCACGUUAUCUAUGGAACAAUUUCUUAGGCGGGCGUUCGUCUUUUAGGCCUUUGGGAAAUGCUAUUCUCGAUGGAAUUGACUUUGAUAUUGAGCUUGGAUCGUCUCUUCACUACAAAGAUCUAGCUAAAUACUUGAAAAAUUAUAGCAAGCGUGGAAGAAAAGUGUACCUAACAGCAGCUCCACAAUGUCCAUUUCCUGAUAGAUUACUCGGUACUGCCUUGGAUACAGAGCUUUUUGACAAUGUUUGGAUUCAAUUUUACAAUAAUCCUCCGUGCCAGUUCACUCCUAAUAAUACGGAUAAUCUGAAAAACUCUUGGAUCCGGUGGACGACGUCGGUGAAUGCGCGAUGGAUAUUUUUGGGGCUUCCGGCUGCACCGCAGGCUGUCGGAAGUGGGUUCAUUCCGGUGGAUGUGUUGACGGCGGAAAUUCUUCCGGUGAUUAAGAAAUCACGCAAGUAUGGCGGUGUUAUGUUGUGGUCGAAAUUUUGGGAUGAGCAGACCGGAUAUAGUGUCUCUAUUCUGAAGAGUGUGUGAAAAAUGUUUUUGUGAGAAAUUUGAAAAUAAU